UGACUAAAAAUUUGUGUGCGAUUCGUUGAUCGGUGGUGGUAAUGCGUGCUCAUUGCAGUUAUUCGGAGCUACUGGUAUGAGCUACGGCCACUGAUUUCCUCGCAACGGACCUAAACUCGCGAGGAACGUCGACGCUCUCUUUGCAACAAGCAGGGUGUGCGAGGGUCAUGGGCUGGAUCCCCGUGUGAGGGCACCCCCAGUACCCCCUCUUCCCCCGAGACCCCUCUGGGCGGCGGGACGCCACGGAGGAGAGCGCCACGAUGAAGAUAGAGCGCGGGCGGCUAAAGAAGAGCUCGUCGGAGGUUCCACUGGACUGCAAGCUCCUGGUGGAGAAGCUCAAGAGCUGCUCCCAGGAUGAGCUGCUCCAGGAGCUCCAGUCCAUCAAGAGCUGGAACUGGGGAAAGUGCGAGCUGUACCACUGGAUUGACGUGUUGGACCUGUUCGACUCGCUGCUGGAAGCAGCCUGUCGGACCAGCCACGAGGGACAGUGGUGCCUCCCGUGCGACUCGCCCGGACACGAGCAGGAAAAAGAGCUCCUGCUGCUGAUCCUGCAGUUCACAGCACUGCUGAUAGAGCACAGCUUUUCCAGGCACCUCUACAACUCCAUGGAGCACUUGACAGCCCUGCUGUCAUCAAGCGACAUGCUGGUUGUGCUCGGUGUGCUAAACCUUCUCUACGUCUUCAGCAAACGUUCCAACUUCAUCACAAGGCUAAAUCCAGAGAGGCGUCAGGCGCUUUUGACGAGGCUGACUUACCUGGCCGAGAACUGGGGAGGCAAGGAAAACGGCUUUGGACUGGCCGAGUGCUGCCGAGACCUUCCGAUGAACAAGUUUCCAGCAAGUGCCACGACGCUUCACUUUGAGUUCUACAUGGAUUCAGCGGACACCAACGGCAGCGGCAAGAAACUUCCGGUCAACACCGUGUCAGUCAUUCACAUGGAGAACGUGGACAAGAUCACAAACAAGAACCCGUCCCAGAUCAUGGAAGAGCUGCUGGAGACUCACGCCGUGCCUGCCGCCAAGCAUAUGCUGCUCCUGACGCACGUGCGGCUGGCUCACAGCUUCUCGAGCUACACGAAACGUCUCCAGUGUGUCCAGGCGCGCCUCCAAGCACUCUCUAUUCUGGUCUACUGCAGUGCCAUCCAGGACAACAUCAACAGUUUGCUCUACAACGGCCUCAUCGAAGAGCUGGUAGACGUGCUCGAACUCAAGGAUCCCAGUCUGAUUGAGAUCAAGGCUGCUUCCCUGAGGACCCUUACAUCCAUCAUCCACCUUGACAGGAAUCCAAAGCUUGGAGCAAUUGUGGACGCCACGGGAGCGGCGUCUUACCACGGUUUCCUGCCGGUUCUUGUGCGAAGCUGCAUCCAGUCGCUCACAGUUGACCCUGCUGUUGGGAAUAUCAGAGACCAAGCGAGUGGUGACCCGUUUCCGCUACCGUUUGCGACAGCACUUUUCUCGUUCCUGUACCACCUGGCCAGCUACGAGAGCGGUGGGGAAGCCCUUGUGUCUUGCGGCAUGGUGGAGUCCUUACUGAAGGUCAUCGGCUGGCACGGAACAGAGCCGGAACACGUCACGUUUGUGACCCGGGCAGUACGGGUCAUAGAUCUCAUCACCGGACUGGACAUGCAGACCUUCCAGGCUCAUGGAGGGCUCAACAGUUUCAUUCGCAGGCUAGAGCUGGAGGUGGAGCACUGCCGCAAGGAGCAGCCGUUUGCGAUCAGGCCCAGGCACCGGGAAUCCUCGGUGGCCUCGACGGACGAAGGGGGUCCGCUGGACCCCACCCCCAUGGACGUGGACCCGCCACCGCAGGGGUCCCAGUCACCCCGGGAGUCUGUGGCUUCCACGUCUGCCCGCGGAGACAUUGGCGUGGACGCCGUGGAGGGAUCCGCCCUCUCGCUGUCUGCUCUGCCCAACGAACCGGACGAAGAGCCAGAGCCACGCAGGAGGGGAGUGCAGUGUUUUCCCCAGCGUGCCGCCCUGCUCAAGUCGAUGCUGAACUUCCUGAAGAAAGCCAUCCAGGAUCCAUCCUUUGCCGACAGCAUCAGGCAUUUGAUGGACGGAUCCCUUCCCCGGUCGUUAAAGCACAUCAUCAGCAAUUCGGAGUACUACGGUCCUUCCCUCUUCCUCCUUGCCACUGACGUAGUGACAGUGUACGUCUUCCAAGAACCGUCCCUGCUGUCCUCUCUGCAAGACAACGGGCUUACAGAUGUCGUGCUGCAUGCCCUCCUCGUCAAAGAGGUCCCCGCCACGCGGGAGGUGUUGGCGUCGCUGCCCAACGUGUUCAGCGCCCUCUGCCUGAACGCCAGGGGCCUGCAGGCGUUUGUGGCCUGCCGGCCCUUCGAGCGGCUCUUCAAGGUGCUGCUGUCCCCGGACUACCUGGGUGCCAUGCGGCGCCGGAGGUCCUCCGACCCCAUGGGGGACACAGCCUCCAACCUGGGCAACGCCAUGGACGAGCUGAUGCGCCACCAGCCCAGCCUCCGGGUGGACGCCACGGCCGCCAUCAUCAAGCUGCUGGAAGAGCUCUGCUCGGUGGGGCGCAACCCGGCCUACGUGUGCUCCAGACCCGCGGCCAAGAGCGAGGCAGUGGGUGGGGCCGGGGGAGGGGCCGGCCCCUCCUCCGGCGUCCAUGGGGGCGGGAUCUCCGGACCGGGCUCUGGGGCGGGGCGGGGCUCUGCCCUGGCCAACGAUGCGGGCUCUUCGGACGAGGAGGAGGAGGAAGAAGACGUGGACCCCGCCUCCACUGUGCCCUCCACACCCAAGGCGGCCGAGGAGGGCAAGGGGGGGCUGGCAGGGUCGGCCACUGCGGAGGCGCGAACCCCCGUGCCCCUCGUGGACUACAUCCUCAACGUGAUGCGUUUUGUGGACGCCAUCCUGAGCAACAACUCGACGGACGACCACUGCCGGGAGUUUGUGCAGCAGAAGGGCCUGGUGCCCCUCAUGAGUAUCCUGGGGCUGCCCAACCUGCCGGUGGACUUCCCCGUGUCCCCCGCCUGCCAGGCCGUCGCCUCCGUCUGCAAGUCCAUCCUGAACCUGGCCCACGAGGCCCAGGUGCUCCAGCAGGGCCUGACCCACCUGGGGGGCGUGCUGAGCACCUUGGAGCCCCUCCACAGGCCGCUGGACUCGCCGGGGGGCUCCGUGCUGCUCGAGGAGCUGCUGGGCUCCCUGCCUCCCGCUCCCCCCACUUCGGCGGCUGCGGCGCCAGCCCCCUCCGCGACGGCACCCCCGGCGGGGUCCCCCUCUUCCGGCGGGGCGGCGGCGACGACAGCCGCUCCCGCGCUCCCCGCUGCGACGGCGGAGGCCGGAGAAGGUAGCGGGCAGUCUCCCCUGCUCCACGCCAUGGCUGCCACCCACGCCUACAUCAUCAUGUUUGUGCACGUCUGCAGGACCGGACAGAGCGAGAUCCGCUCCAUCUCCAUGAGCCACUGGGGCUCCGAGCUGGGCCUUAGUGUGCUGCGGGGCCUCUCCCGCCUCUACACCUCCCUGGUCUGGGAGAGCACGGUGCUGCUGGCUCUCUGCAACGACUCCGCCCUGCCACCCGGUUGCCCCUUCGGCAGGCACCAGCUGCAGAGGCUGCAGGGGACCCUGCAGAACCUCCUGGGGAGCGAAGCGGGUGGCACGUCUGUCCCGGCGGACGACGGGCCCCUGUCCAACGGGAUGGAGGUGGACGGCGUGGACGGAGUCUCCGGCGCGGCGUCCUGCUCUUCGUCGACGGAUGCCAAGGGUGCCAAGGCUCGCUCCCAGGCGGCGGUGAAGCAGAUCAAGCCCCUGCUGACGGGAGCCUCGAGACUGGGGCGUGCCCUCGCCGAGCUGUUCGGCCUCCUGGUCAAGCUGUGCGUGGGAUCACCUAUGCGUCAGCGCCGGGGUCAGCAGGUUCCUCCGUCUCCCACGGCGCCCUCCCCAUCUGCGAGGGCCGUAGCCUCUGCCCUGACCCGCCUCCUCGCCAGUGGCCUCUCCUGGGAGCCACCCCUCACCUCCCCACUUCCCAAGUUCAGGCUGACCUUCUACAUCUGCUCGGUGGGGUUCACCUCUCCGAUGCUGUUUGAUGAGCGCAAGUACCCUUACCACCUGAUGCUGCACAAGUUCCUGUCGUCGGGCGGCCAGGACGCCUUCUUCGAGACCUUCCGCUGGGCCCUGAGCUGCGGGGGCAAGGUGCCCGUCGGGGAGGGCCUGGAGAGCCCCGAACUGCCAGAGGGCACGGGGGAGUUCCUGGACGCCUGGCUCAUGCUCCUCGAGAAAAUGGUCAACCCCAAGAUGGUCCUCGAGUCGCCCCACACCCUGCCCUCCAAGCCCAGCGCGGCCGCCGCAGCCACUGCAGCCGCCCAGGCAGCCGCCCAGGCCGCCGCCUCGGCCGCUGCCCCGUCGGGUCCCACGUUCAACCCCGUGCUUUACCUGAUCCACACGCACAAGCGGGCCUUCGACGCCAUCAUGCAGCUGUGGGACCGCCGGCCCCUAAAGGUGUACGGGGACCGCAUGUCAGAGUCGAUGCUGGCCAUCCUCUGCCACCUGCUCAGGGGAGAGGCGCUCAUCAAGGAAAAACUGGCCAAGGAAGAGGAAGUUGCGGCGGCGGCCGCUUCGACAUCGUCCGGAGCUGUUGGCUCUACAUCUACGGGGGCCACCGAGGGUACCCUGCUCCACGGGAGCUCUAGGGGUUCGAGGGCAACACUGGUGCCGGCCUCGCACGAGGACAUCAAUCAGGACCACCUGCAGCAACUGAUGGACAUGGGCUUCUGCAGGGAGUUGGCCACAGAAGCUCUUGCCCACUCUGCUUCCUUAGAACAAGCGACAGACUAUUUGCUGAGUCACCCAACCCCCCUGGUGCCGGCCGCUCCACUCGCCAGCUCCUCCCCUCUGACGGCUGCGGUCGGGACUCCGGCACGUGCGGACAUGCCAGGGUCAGAUCUUGAGAUGUCUGAAGAGGACCAAGUGAUGAGGGCCAUCGCUAUGUCCCUGGGAGAGAACAUAGUGGCCGGGCAGAGCCGGACAGUGGAAGAGGAGGAGGAAGAGAAGGGGCAGGUGGAGGAAGAGCCCCCGGACCCCGGGGUGAUGGAUGCCUUCACGGAGAACAUGCUGCCGGGCUGCCUGCGUCUGCUGGACUCCCUGCCGGACACGGUGUACCGGGUCUGCGACCUGCUUGGGGCCGUGGUGGCGCGCAAUGGCAGCGCCUGGAGGGACCAGAUGCUGGCCUGCCUGCUCCAGGAGGUGCGCACGACGGUGACUGCCUUGCUGGAGGUGGCUGGGCGCGAGGAGGUGCCCCAGGCGGAGCGGGCCUCCCAACUGUCCAACCUGCCGGAGGCUAACAUGGCCGCCGUCCGCAUACACCUCUUCACCCUGCUCUUCGAGGAGAUGCGGCUACCUUGUGCCAGCCUGCUGGAAGAGCACGACCUUGUCGACCCCCUGGUGCAGCUGGUGGACGCCGCGCAGCGGGUGCUGGUGCUUCCGGUGCCGCCCAAAGAGCCUCCGGCCACCCCCAAGUGGCUCGUUUCGCUGGUGCUCCUCGUGGACCUGUACGAAAAGGCCUCUGUGGCAUCCAAGCGUCGGGCUCCUUUGCUUCAGCUGCCCAAGCGCCAGUGGAAGUGGUUCGACGACCGCACGGGCCGCUGGAGCACGUACCAGCCGCAGAACAACAAGGCGAUCGACGAGGCCUACUGCGCCGUGGAGCCCAGCGUCCACUUCACGGCGGGGCGUCGCAAGUACACGGUCCAGUUCUCCACCAUGGUGCAGAUCAACGAGGAGACCGGCAACUGGCGCCCCGUCAUGCUCGCCUGGGAUGGCAAGAGCUCCACGCCGCCGCCACCCGCCACGUCGACCGGCGUCAACAACGCGACGGCGUCCACCGUAGCCGCCAGCGAGGAGGUGGUGGCCAACGCCAUGGUGGCGGCGGUGGCAGCGGCCGCGGCGGCGGCUGCAGCUAGGGUCGCAACCGUGGCGUCUACUGCGUCGGCUCCGGCUUUGACUUCCGUGUCGGCUGCUGCAGCGGCUGCUGCCCCGUCUGCGGAUUCGGCGGCGAGCGCGGCAGCAACGACGACGACGGCGGUUGUGCCUGUGGUGGUGCGAGGUCUGACGCCGCAGCAGUGUUCGACGCUCAUCAGGUCGUGCGUGGGCCUCCUGGGCCUCCCCGUGGAGCCGGACACCCUUCACGGCGUGCUGCGCCUGUCCCUUCGCCUGACCCGCUGCCACGAGGCGGCCCAGGCCUUUGCCAGCCUGGGAGGGCCCCGGCUGCUGCUGGGCCUGACGCAGGCGUCGGCCUUCUCGGGCUUCGCCUCGUUGGCCUCGCUGCUGGUGCGCCACGUGGUGGAGGAGCCUCCCACGCUGGCCCAUGCCAUGGACAAGGUGGCGCGCACCAUGACGGCGGGCGGCAACAGCCCCAUGAGCUCCAAGGAGCUGCACUACGUGCUCAGGGUGCUGGGGCCCGCCGCGUGCCGGGACGCCGACCUGUUCCGGGAGGUGGCCACCAGCGUGCUGCGCAUAUCGCUCCUGCCCAUGUCCAAGAGAGAGGAGGACGACAGCCGUUACACCAGUGCCAACGCAGUCCAGAUCCUGAAGUACGUGGCGGCCAAGGCGCCGUCCUCUCCUCCCCCGGUGGGAGGAGUGGUGGCCCAGGUGAUGAGCGACCUCCUCAACGUGCUGCCCACCCCGCUCCCGCCCACCCCGCCGCCGCAGGACGCCGGUGCCAUGGACGCCGUGGCGGGGUCCUUGUCGGACGCCGGGGGUGCCAGCCCGUCUGCCAACGGCGCUGCCGGCGCAGGCGGCAACGGGGGCGUCCCCGGAGCCGACCUGGUGCGGGAGGGCAGCGCCAACGACCUGCUGGCCCAGGACGAGGACCCCGUGCCCACCCUGGACCCUGCCGGGGUCGAGGACGGGGGCGCCGCCGCCAAGGACAGGUCCGGCCCGGGGUCGACCGGGUCUCGGGGCGGCACGCCGGGCCCCAAGGAGGACAAGAGCCAGCCCCUGCUGCCCAAGUCUGCCGUUUGUCGGCUCCUGGCGGAGCUGGUGCGGUCGUACGCGCCGUGUGCGCGGAUGGUGGCGGACCACGUGUAUGCGGCGGGGCAGACGGAGCUGGUGCCGGAGGAGAUGAGUGCCCUGGGCUUCAUACUGGACCACCUGCUACCCCAGUGCCAGAAGGCCGGCGACAAGGACAGCCCCGCCCUGGCCAGGGUGCUGGUGGCCGCCCUGGCCUCUGCCAAUCACUCCCCGGACACCCAGACCGCCCUGGUCAAUGAGGUCAAAGGGGCCCUGCACCGAGCGCUGGCGCUGCCAGAAGGCACAGAGAAGCAUGCCCGCAUCCAGGCUUUGACGGGUCUGGUGGGCACCAUGAUAGAGUCGUGCCCUCCUGCCCAGGCCACCUCUUCCUUCCGACAGCUGCAUGCCAGCAUGAACAACAUGGUGCGGGUGCUGCUGCGGCGGGGCCUGGUGACGGACCUGGCACGCAUCCCCCACAGCCUGGACCUGUCGUCGCCCCACAUGGCGGCCACGGUCAACUCUGCCCUGAAGCCCCUCGAGACGCUGUCGCGCAUCGUCAACCUGCCCGCCCAGGGGGCGCCUGGCACGCCCCGGGGCGCCGGCCGGAAAGGGUCGGGCCAGGGGGCCGGGUCCCAGGGGGUGGCGGGUCUGGGGGGCGGGUCUGCCCGCACCCCGCUGCAGCUGGCUUCCCACGAGGAAGGGCACGAGGAUGAGGAGGACCCUAGGGACGGCAGGGAGAACGGUGGACCGCCUGAGCUCGAGCCAAUUGGCAGCCAGAAUGCAGAAAUGAGCUCAUCGGACGCCACCAAUGCCUACGGAGACGCCACGGUGGACGACAACACCGACAGCGAAUCUCAUGCGGUGCCCGAGGAAACGGUGGUCGUCUGCAGCGAUGGCGGCGCUGUCCUGAAUGAGGCUGACAGUGUGGACCUCGAGGGUAUUGUGGAUGCUCUUUUGGACCGGAACCAAGACGACACUCCCGUUCUCGAUGGCACCCUCUCCGCUCGUGCGGAGCUGGCGCUUAGGGAGACGGAAGAGGAGCACGACUCGCAGAUGAUCGCUCGGGACAUGAUCUCUCGCGACAUGGAGGAGGCCCACCAAGAAACGACUGACUCCGAGAGCAACUCCGACUCCGGCAGGAGCGAGGAAGACGAGGGAGAGCAGGACGAAGAAAACGAGGACGACGUUGACGAGGCGGAAGAGGACGACGACGAAGACGAGGAGGAGUACCAGGAUCUGGAGGAGGCCCUGUUCCGCAUGCAGGACCGGGACGACAACCUCUUCUUCCACUUUGAGGAGGUCUUCCCGUCGUCCGGGACUUCGAUCAUGUUUGGGGGCUCUGAAGGCAUUCGAACGUACCAGUUGCCCAUUGUUCCGGACGAGAGCAACAACGGCGCCGAGACAAGCAGCCCCUCGAUCCCUCCUCCGCCGGGCACGGUGGCGAGCACCCACCCGCUGCUGGUGCGCCACGGCGACCCCCAGGGAGGCGGCCCUUCAUCCCGGCUGCACCGGCGGCCCAGGGGCUACCGGGCGCAAGGCACCGCCCACGGGGCGGGACCCGGCGGCUCCGGCACCUGGCACGUGUACGCCAACCGACACCCCAACCCGCCCGCCAUCCUGCAGAGGCUGCUGGGCCCGAACACUGCCCAGGACAUCCUGCAGUUGACAUCCACCUUCAACCCGGUGGCGUCGUCGACCGCCCAGACGCGGGUGGUGUUUGCCAACAGCGACUUUAGGAUUCUCGCCACGGACGAGGACCUCUUCGAGAUACAGGAUCAAGCGACUUUCGUGUCGAGCGGCGGCACGGGGACUUUGGCCAACAUUCCGACGGCUCUGGUGCGGUGGACGGAGGAGUCUCGAGUUCUCGACGGGGACAGCAUGCACGACUGUGUGGCAGGCCUGAAGCCGGCGAUUCUGGAGGUGCUCGAGAAGCACCGCGACGAGGAACUGGCGGAGCGUCGGGAGAAGCGCCGCAAGCUGCAGGAGUCGCAACCGGCGGCUUCGGAGAACACCAAGGAGGACAACAACCACAACCAGAGCGAGGAGCAGGAGCGCUCCAACGCGGUGGCGGCGGCUUCGGCGGUGGGAUCAUCGUUGGUGGCGGCAAGCGCCAUCGCAACCGCCGUGACGGCGGGCGUGGCGACUGCGGCGGCGGGUGCCUCGCGCAACACUAACCCGCCCCCCGCGGACAUGGUGCUGCCGACGUACCCGCUGGCGCCGGGCAGCACCGGAGACUCGACGAAUGUGGCAUCGGCGACCGGCGCUACCGCCGCGACUUCGCAGAUCGCGGAGUCUGCAUUCUCGCUGGAGCCAAUGCCAAACGACUCGUCCCUGGCGGGCACGGAACGUCUGGCAGCCUCCAUUGUGGAACGGGUGCUGGGUCCGGCCCUCUCGAUGACCGCUGAACCUGCCACCUCCUUGCCGCAAGUGGUGCACCUGCCCUCGCUGACCAUUGGGCCCCCGCCCAUGAGCUGGCUGGAAGGGCUGGGCAGCACGGCGCUGUCGGCGGUCACCAGCGCCCUCCAGCAGUCCAGCUCGUGCGCCAGCGGCCUCUUCAGCACGGCGCCCUGCCCCAUGGACACCUCGGAGCCCGCCGCCACCACCACCACGUCGGGCAGCGCGGGCGGCCCUGCUACCACCCCCGGCGGCGCUCCCUUCGAGGACUUCGAAGAUGUCUUGAACAUCAGCACAGACGAGGGUGACCAUGACACCGCCUCCCCAGACACAAGAGAGGCUGUGGCGGCUGUAGAUGACGUCACCUCCGAGACAACCCACGGAGCGGCGGAGGACGGAGAUACCGGAGUGCCGGUGCCCGCGCAACCACCGCAGCAACGCGCAGGCGAAUCGGCAGGUCCUUCGGCAUCCAACGACUACUCCAGCAUCCUCGGAGACGUGGAGAUCCCCGAAGGUGUGGACCCUUCGUUCCUGGCCGCACUGCCGGAGAACAUUCGGCAAGAGGUGAUUGCGGAGCAGCUGCGUCUGCAGCGGCUCCGCACCCGAGCACAGCAGCAGCAGCAGGCUGCAGCCGCGGCCUCGGCGGACGGAGCUGCCACCUUCACGGAAGUGAAUCCGGAGUUCCUGGCUGCUUUGCCACCCAGCAUCCAGGAGGAGGUGCUGGCCCAGCAGCGAGCGGAGCAGCAGCGCCUGGCGGCCCAGAACUGCAACCCGGACGUGCCCGUGGACCCGGCGUCCUUCAUCCAGACGCUGCCCCCGGGGCUGAGGCAGCAGGUGCUGGCCGACAUGGACGACUCGCUGCUGGCCCUGCUGCCCACCGACCUGGCCUCGGAGGCACACUCUCUGCGCCGUGAGCUGGAGGCCAGGCACCGCCAGAUGCAGGAGCGCUUCUUCUCCUCCCACGGCGGCACCGCCCUCUCCCGCAUCCUGCGCUCGGCCGCUGGUCGCAUGGGCACCCGCUACACGAUCCACACGGUGCCCCACCACCGGGGCCAGUGGACCUGGAACGCCCUGUCGAGCCGGGGCGGGGGCGGAGGCUCUUCGGGGGGCGCCACGGCCCUGGGGGGCGGCGGGGGCCAGGGGGGCUCCCAAGGGGCCCGGGGGCGGCAGCUGCUGGACCACGAGGCCCUGGCCUGUCUGCUGGUGCUCCUCUUUGUGGACGAGCCCCGGCUGAACACGGGCAGGCUGCACCGGGUGCUGCGCAACCUCUGCUACCACCCGCCCACCAGGCACUGGGUCGUCAAGUCCUUGCUGUCUAUCCUGGAGAAGACCAAGGAGAACAAGCCCCUGGAGGGCAACUCCCAGGCAGUUGCAGAUCCUCCCCACCAUCGGGGCAAGAAGUGGAGCAAGACUCACGUGGGGUCCUUCUCGGAAGGGAGCCGGGGGGGCCAGGGGGGCCCCCAGCAGGGGGGUGCAAUGCAGCAGGGGGGGCAGCAGCCCUCCUGGCUCUCGAUCAGCCUGGAUGCGGCGCUGGGUUGCCGCACCAACGUCUUCCAGGUGGUGAGGCACUGCAGCACCCGCCGGCCCUGCCCACAGGUGUCCAUACACCCGCAGGCCUCUCCCGUGGUCUGCAGGCACGUACUAGACACCCUCAUCUCGCUCGCCAAGAGCUUUCCCGUCCACUUCCUUCCCGAGAAAGUCCGCGGGGGUGGAGCCGGAUCGUCCACAACCGCCAAGGGAAUGUGCCGCGGCGGUGGUGGCGUCAAAUCCGUCGCUACCUCCUCCUCUGUGACCGCCACGUCGUCGUCCUCGCCAGUCACCACGGAACCCGGCCGCGACGGCGACUUCUGGAGCGUGCUGGUCCGCCUGGACUGCAACACGACGAGCGGCAACGUGGGCAAGCGUGCCCCGAAGGCUCCGCCGGACGACGAGGGAGGCGCGUCGUCGUUCGAGGCGUCGCCACUGGCGCAGCUCAUCUCGCUGUUGGCGCAUCCAGUCGUGAAGCGGAGCUCGCUGCUCACGGACCGGCUGCUCCGGCUCUUGGCAUUGGUGUCGAUGGCAAUUCCGGAUCAGGGCAAGGAAAACACGCCGCCCACGGCGGCCGCGGCCGCCGCGGCUGCUGCGGCGUUGCCGGCACCCGUGACGGCGAACGGAGGGUCGGCGUCACUGGACUUGGAUGGCGCGCUGCUUGGCAGGGCGACGGAGGUGCCCUCAUGCUCCAGGCAGGAGUCCGCAGCGUCCAAUGCAACUGCAGCUCCAGCAGCCGAGAAGGCAAGCAAGCCACCGGAGGUGCCCAUUGAAGAAGAGACGCCGGAGGUGGAGAGUGUGGUGUUGGAGCAACAUCUCAAGCUGGCAGUGGAGACGCUGACGUCCAAGGCGUGCUCGGAGGAGGGCCUGGAGGACGCGACGUCCCUCCUGCUGCGGCUGUCCCGGGGCUGCCCGUCGGCCCGCCAGGUGGUGCUGCGCCUGCUGCUGGAGGGCGCCCGGGACCUGGGGGCCACGGUGGGAGCCUCCAUCGGGGCCCUGCUGGCCGAGCUGAGCACCCUCAACGCGCGGCUGGCCUCGGAGCGCCUGGCCCUGGAGGAGAACGAAAGGGACGACGCCGCUGGCCGCCUGCCUUCCCCCGCCCCCGGUUCAAGGGUGGCGGCUGGCACAAUCCAGGACCGCUUCACCCACUCGACGGUGGUGAUCACCGCACCGGGGGCACCGCUGCCUGGUGCCGGCGGCCCCGGGGGCGUGAUUGGCGGAGCGGCGGGUGCGGCUGGUCGUGUGCCCAAAGCCGGGGCAGGGCGGGAACUGCAGCUGCCCUCGAUGGCCGCCCUCACCUCCAAGAUGUCCUCCCAGGCCUUCUUCCUGCGCGUGCUCAAGGUGGUCAUCCAGCUCAGGGAGGCCGCACAGAGCCACUACCAGGCACGGCGGCGCAGGCUCUCCGGAGCUUGCGAACUUCCCACGGCCUCGGCGGAGCCCCUGGCCCUCUCUACGUCCACAGGUUCGAUGGCCAGCACACCGCGCCUGGAGAACGCCCCUUGUGCUGUGCAGUCCAAUGCCAACCACAUGGAUGUAGAUGGAGCAGGGGCAGCUGCUGCUGUGGGGGCAGGAGGAAGUCAGCACAUGUUGCCAGUGAUGUCCUCAACUCCAACGAGGGCAGGCUCUUUGCCACCGGACGCUGCCGACGAACCUCCGCCGCUCAGCGAGGAGCUUCGGUUGGAUGCCCUCUGGAGCACACUGAGUGACUGCCUCCUGGAACUGGCUGAAACCCAGGACCAACAUGCUGUCCUGGUUCUGCAGCCCGCUGUGGAGGCCUUCUUCCUGGUGCAUGCCAGCGUGCCGCCCGGCAGCACCAGCGUCCCCGGCAUCAGCGGAAGCUCGCGGGAAGCGGCCAGACGCCGGGAGUACCGCUCAGAGAGCCGGGAGACCCAGCUGGCCCACAUCCACCAAGAAAUGGCGCCCCUGUCGCCCCUGCCCCUGCAGGACAACCAGAACGCGCAGGCGUCCGGCGGGGCCGCGGGUGGUGCCCAGGGGUCGGAGUUCCUUCAGCCGGACGUGCAGAAGUUCCUGGGCUUUGCAGAGACGCACCGCACGGUGCUCAACCAGAUCCUUCGUCAAUCGAGCACGCCUCUGGCAGACGGGCCCUUUGCAGUGCUGGUGGACCACACGCGGGUCCUCGACUUCGACGUCAAGCGGCGCUACUUCCGCCAUGAGCUCGAGCGCCUCGAUGAGGGCUCGCGCCGGGAAGACCUGGCGGUGCACGUGCGCCGCGAGCACGUCUUUGAGGACUCUUUCCGGGAACUGCAUCGCCGGCCGCCGGAGGAGUGGAAGAACCGCUUCUACAUUGUGUUCGAGGGCGAGGAGGGCCAGGAUGCCGGAGGUCUGCUGCGGGAGUGGUACACCAUCAUCUCCCGCGAGAUCUUCAACCCGAUGUACGCCUUGUUCACCACGUCGCCGGGCGACAGGGUCACGUACAUGAUCAACCCGGCGUCGCACUGCAACUCGAACCACCUGUCCUACUUCAAGUUUGUGGGGCGGGUCAUUGCCAAGGCGGUGUACGACAACAAGCUGCUCGAAUGCUACUUCACGCGCUCCUUCUACAAGCACAUCCUGGGCAAACCGGUCAAGUACACGGACAUGGAAAGCGAGGACUACUCCUUCUACCAGGGUUUGGUGUUCCUGCUGGAGCACGGGGUGCGGGCUCUGGGCUACGAGCUUACCUUCAGCGUGGAGGUGCAGGAGUUUGGGGUAACGGAGGUCCGGGACCUCAAGCCGGGGGGCCGCCACCUCCCGGUGACGGAAGAGACGACACAGGAGUAUGUGCGCCUUGUCUGCCAGGAGAAAAUGACGGGGGCCAUCAGGCGCCAGCUCAAUGCCUUCCUGGAGGGCUUCUACGAGAUCAUCCCCAAGAGGCUCAUUGCCAUCUUCAACGAGCAGGAACUGGAGCUGCUCAUCUCGGGGCUGCCCAGCAUCGAUGUGGAUGAUCUCCGGGCCCACACGGAGUACCACAAGUACCAGCCCAACUCCCUGCAGAUCCAAUGGUUCUGGAGGGCCCUGCGCUCUCUGGACCAGGCGGAUCGUGCCAAGUUCCUCCAGUUUGUGACGGGCACGUCCAAGGUGCCCCUGCAAGGGUUUGUGGCCCUUGAGGGCAUGAACGGGGUCCAGCGCUUCCAGAUCCACAGGGACGACCGCUCUACGGACCGUCUGCCGUCCGCCCACACUUGUUUUAACCAGUUGGACCUUCCAGCGUACGAGACCUACGACAAGCUUCGCACCAUGCUACUCAAGGCCAUUCAAGAGUGCACUGAAGGGUUUGGCUUUGCCUGAGGAUUCUUUGCAGCCGCCGUCAACCCCUGUUGUGAUGUGUACAGACGGGACUAUACUACCAGGACGACUACUACCUUCGGCUAGCUCUCUCCUCCGUUGCCUUCUUUUUUUUUUUUCCUAGGAUUAACUUUCGUUGCUUUACCUGUCUCUCAUUCUUGUACAGUAUUAGUUCCUUUCGUCGACAGGCCUUUUUUUUUUUUUUUUGUUCUUUCCUCGUUUGUGUGCUGCUGCUGGAUUAAGCUCUGUGUCCAUAGGAGAUGGUGUGAAUGAGGGGAAGUUUUAUAUAUACUAUAAAUAUAAGCGUUCUUUGGUGACGAAGGUCCUCUGCGGAACUUGGACGAGAGGGGGAGUUUUCAGCUCUGGGGUCGUUGAGGAAAGUGGUGUAUUUGAACCGAGGAAUACACUGGCUCUUUCUAUUUA